AUGAUAACAAAUUUAUUUUCCAUUUUUGACCCCUCUACAAAUUUAUUUAAUUUAUCUUUAAAUUGAAUUAGAACUUUAAUUGGAAUUUUAUUUAUCCCUCUUUCUUUUUGAUUAAUCCCUAAUCGUCAUUUUAUUUUUUGAAUAUUCAUUUUAAAUAAAUUACAUAAUGAAUUUAAAACUCUUUUAGGAAAUAAUAUUAAUUCAAGAUCUUCAACAUUUAUUUUUAUUUCCAUAUUUUCAUUUAUUUUAUUCAAUAAUUUUUUAGGUUUAUUCCCUUAUAUUUUUACUAGAACUAGUCAUUUAACUCUUUCCCUCUCUAUUUCAUUACCUUUAUGAUUAAGUUUUAUAUUAUAUGGAUGAAUUAAUAAUACCCAACAUAUAUUUACCCAUAUAAUUCCUCAAGGAACCCCCUCUAUUUUAAUGCCUUUUAUAGUUUUAAUUGAAACUAUUAGUAAUAUUAUUCGACCAGGAACAUUAGCUGUUCGAUUAACAGCUAAUAUAAUUGCAGGUCAUCUUUUAAUAACCUUAUUAAGAGGAACAGGAUCAAUUAUACCUUGUUUUCUUAUCCCCUUUUUAAUUUUUAUUCAAAUCGCUUUAUUAAUUUUAGAAUCAGCAGUUGCGGUUAUUCAAUCUUAUGUAAUUGCAAUUUUAAGAACUUUAUAUUCUAGUGAAGUUAAUUAA